AUGGGUCGCAAAAUUACCCUUAACCUCAUCCAUCAGCUUGUUCAGCGACUGCCUAUGGUCUUAAAAACCGCAGUUCUGAAUAUCCUUCGCCUCUCGCCAACAGAAGGGAAACAAGAUCUUCGACUAGAAGUCAUUGUUGGUGUUAUUCGUUCGUUUUUCAACUUCAGUGUCUCGUCACUUCGUAUGCAAAGAGGGAGCUUGCGCGAUCCUGGGAAAAAAGGAUACAUGUGGAUAUCAGCCGUCGAAACGCCAAAACCUCCUGAAGAUGACGUGCUUCACGCCCUACAAAAGGCAAUCAAAUAUCAUAUGGAAGGGUCAGAAACAUACGAUGUUCCAGAGGUGCGAGCUGUGCAGGCAGAAUGGACGGGGUUCAGAAAGGGUGCCAAUGCAAAAACCCCGCAGCCGGAUAUUUCGGAGCAGGCAAAAUAUGAGAGAUUAAUGGAAGAUGUGGAUCAAGAUAUUACGAUACUUUACUUCCACGGAGGUGCCUAUCACCUGAUGGACCCAUGCUCGCAUCGUGAAGUAACUACCAAGCUGGCGGAACUUACUGGAAGCCGUUGCUUUUCUGUCCGGUACAGAUUAGCUCCUCAGAACCCAUUUCCAGCCGCUCUAUUGGAUGCCUUGGUUGCCUACUUAUCUCUUCUUUCCCCUCCUGAAGGUGCUAUCCACAUGCCGGUUCCUGCAAAUAAGAUCGUCAUCUCAGGUGACUCUGCAGGUGCGGGCCUCUCUCUCGCCCUUCUGCAGACACUUUUGACUCUCCGUCGGAUAAAUCCCACGUACACUGUUCGCUUCCAUGGCAAAGAUGUCCCUGUCGAACUUCCCGCCGGUGUUGCGCUCUCGAGCCCAUUUUGCGACGUGACACGUUCUCUACCAUCAUCAUUCCGGAACGCAAAAUUUGACUAUAUCAUCCCUCCUCCACAGGAGCCUGGGGAACUUUAUACGCCGUAUCCGUUCCCACCAGACUCCACUUGGCCUUCAAGUCCACCACGUGUCGAAUUCUACGCCAACGCUAACAUGCUCGCUCACCCAUUUGUCUCACCUCUUACUGCUCCCAAAGAUCUCUUUACAGAAACUCCUCCAGUCUUUAUCACUCUAGGAGAGGAGGCUCUCGAGGAUGACGGUAUCUAUAUGGCUCGUAACAUUCAUCGUGCUGGCGGUACCGUUGUUCUGGAGCGUUUUGAGGCUAAACCACAUUGCUUCGCACUUAUCUUGCCGGAUUCGAAAGCUGGAAAGCGUUGCUACCAAAGCUGGGCCGAAUUCUGUACAUAUGCAGCACAAGGCCAGGUGCAAAAGACAGGCAAGGCUUUGUUCCUGGAUCACACCACUGAUCAUGUAGAAAGGAAGGAUCUGGCUACUUUGGGUGAGCUGACUGAGGAGGAAGUACAGAGUAGGUUGGUGGAAGGAAAGAACUGGAGGGUGGAGGGCGAAAAUCAGUUGGUCCUGCAGUGGAAACAGGGACUGGACAGGGCUAAGAUUUAA